CUGCUCGCGCAUCAGCUGGUUGCGGUGCAGUUCGUUCUGCCCUCCCACCGUAAAAAAAAUCCUAAAAAAUUUUAUCCCUUCUUCUUCAUCGUUGUCGUCGUCUGUGUUCUUCCGGUCCAAUCGUCCGGCGCGCGUCCGGUGGAGCUCCGACGAUUCCUAUCCACUAUCUUACUGGUUUCCCUCUCCGGUAGAGUACCCAGAAAAAAAACCCCACAAAAAGUUCAGUUAUCGUUCUGUCAGAGGAGUCCGAUUAGGUUGUCGGUUUUAGAUUGUCGAUUAGGGGGAGAGGGAAUUUUCGUCAGAGGAGAGGAAGAUUUCGAGGGCUCGCUUUGCGAUGGCGCAGAUUCAAGUGCAGCAUCAGGCGGCGGCGGCUGCUGCGGCGGGGCAUGGCCCGAACGGGCUUCCGGCUUCCGGUCCCGGAGGUGGGAACCAAUACCUGUCGACGUCGCUUUACGUCGGGGAUCUGGACGUCGACGUCAGUGAUUCGCAGCUCUAUGAUCUGUUCAGUCAGAUCGGUCAGGUUGUCUCCGUUCGGGUUUGCCGGGACUUGACCACGCGCCGCUCCCUCGGCUAUGGCUAUGUGAACUACAGCAACGCUCAGGAUGCGGCAAGGGCAUUGGAUGUGCUGAAUUUUACACCACUCAAUAGAAAGUCCGUCCGUAUCAUGUAUUCACACCGGGACCCCAGUAUCCGUAAAAGUGGGACCGCUAAUAUUUUUAUCAAGAAUUUGGACAAGUCAAUUGACCACAAGGCAUUACAUGAGACCUUUUCUUCAUUUGGAGAUAUUCUUUCCUGCAAAGUUGCUACCAAUAAUCAAGGCCAGUCCAAGGGCUAUGGUUUUGUGCAAUUCGAUACUGAGGAGGCUGCCCAAAAUGCGAUAGAUAAGCUAAAUGGCAUGCUGAUCAAUGAUAAGCAGGUGUAUGUUGGACACUUUCUCCGUAAGCAAGAAAGAGAAAGUGCUCUGAAUAAGACGAAGUUCAAUAAUGUGUAUGUAAAGAACUUAUCUGAGACCGCUACAGAUGAGGAUUUGAAACAGAUUUUUGGCGAAUAUGGGACUAUCACCAGUGCUGUGGUGAUGAGGGAUGGGGAUGGAAAAUCAAAGUGCUUUGGAUUUGUUAACUUUGAAGAUGCUGAUGAUGCUGCUAAAGCUGUUGAGGCUUUGAAUGGGAAGAAAUUUGACGAGAAGGAGUGGUAUGUGGGCAGAGCCCAGAAGAAAUCUGAAAGAGAGCUUGAAUUGAAGGCGAAAUUUGAGCAGAGUAUGAAGGAAACUGUGGAUAAGUAUCAGGGUUUGAAUUUGUAUGUGAAAAACCUGGAUGACAGCAUUGAUGAUGAUAAACUGAAGGAGCUCUUCUCUGAGUUUGGCACAGUUACUUCUUGCAAGGUUAUGCGAGACCCUAAUGGUAUUAGUCGGGGUUCUGGUUUCGUGGCAUUCUCAAGUCCUGAAGAAGCAUCUCAUGCUCUUAAUGCGAUGGCUAAUAAGAUGGUUGUUAGCAAGCCUCUUUAUGUUGCACUUGCUCAGCGGAAGGAAGAGAGGAGGGCAAGAUUGCAGGCCCAGUUUUCACAGAUGAGGCCUGUUGCUAUGGCCCCUUCAGUUGGUCCUAGAAUGCCUAUGUUCCCUCCUGGUGCUCCGGGUCUGGGCCAGCAAUUUUUAUACGGCCAAGGUCCUCCUGCAUUUCCACCGCAAGCUGGAUUUGGUUAUCAGCAACAGCUUGUUCCUGGAAUGAGGCCAGGAGGUGGCCCCAUGCAUAACUUCUUCGUUCCGCUUGUGCAGCCUGGCCAGCAGGGUCAAAGACCUGGAGGCCGGCGGGGGGCAGGCCCUGUCCAGCAGAACCAGCAGCCUGUUCCUAUUAUGUCUCAACAGAUGGUUCCGAGGGGAAGAAUGUACCGAUACCCGCCUGGUAGGAACAUGCCCGAAGUCCCGAUGCCUGGUGUUGCUGGAAGCAUGCUCUCUGUUCCUCUGGAUAUGGCGGGCCAUCCACUGCGUGAUGCUGCUGUUGGCCAGUCCAUGCCUGUCCCUGCUCUGGCUACUGCCCUUGCGAAUGCAACACCUGAUCAGCAAAGAACAAUGUUGGGUGAGAAUCUAUACCCGCUAGUGGACCAGCUUGAGCACGACAGCGCGGCAAAGGUUACUGGAAUGCUCCUGGAAAUGGACCAGACUGAGGUUCUCCACCUUUUGGAGUCUCCUGACGCUCUCAAGGCCAAGGUUGAGGAGGCCAUGGAGGUCCUAAGGAGCACAGCCCAGCAGCAGGCCAAUAGCCCGGUCAAUCAGCUGGCUGCUCUAUCCGUUAACGACAACCUCGUGCCGUAAUCAUGUUGCCGUGUGUGGGCUGCUGAUCGGAUUGGUGAAUUAUGUUUCGCACGUGUUAUUUAAUAUUUCAGAGGCAUGGUGGAUCUUUUGUCUUUUCUACUUGGCUGUUAAGGAUCUAUUUAGUUAGGAUUGUUUCAUUCUAUUUAUGACGGACUUAGUUAUUACGAAUCGGUAGAACCUUAAUCUGUAGGAUUGGAGAUUAUUUGGUUUGGUUUAGUUUUCUGACUCAAUUCGGAUUCGGAUCUGUCAUCUCUCUCUUUCCUCUUGCAUUAUUAGUCGAUUGCUUGAAUUUGCA